AUGGAUUCCGGUGGAUUCUGGAUGACUUCAUCAGCGGCUGAGGAGCGACGAACUUCGCCCGUUCUCGGGUCGCCUUUGUCUCCGGUCCGGAUACAAAACAAUGCGUGUUUUCCAGCAUCCAUCCAGCCGGCUGACUGGAGUAGGUUCGUUUGUUGGUCUUGUCCAAAACUUUCGAAACCAUCUUCCGAAGACCAUGAAGGCUGCUCAUCGCCGAUAGUCGUGAAAUUUGCUGAUACGCAGAAGGAGAAGGAUCAGAAGCGACUGCAUCAGAUGGCGCAGAAUAUUUGGUCCGUGAACAAUUUGAAUCUGGCCGCUUUGGCUCCACAAUAUUUAUCUGUGUUGCAAGCGAUGGCGACGACCCAGUCGACGGGUUCCACGUCGGCCGGCCCCGGCCAGGCCACGCAGGCCUCCAGUCCUGCCACAAACCUCACCAUGAGCGGUCUCAACUCCCUGCAACUCCAACAGUUGGCCGCUUCUCUGGCCGGAAUACACAGUACCAAUUCCAACCAACUAGGUCUCGCCGGGUUAGCUGCCUUGCAGAACAGUGCCACCACAGCGACAACGGAAGCGUCAAACCUACAAGGUCUGGCUGCGUUGGCAAACUUGUCAGUUGCCAGUCAA